ACAUGAAACUCAAAGUCUCUUUGAGAACAAAAAAUAUACAUUAUUAGGUAGUCCCCAUUGAAUAUGGACCCUAUGGAGAGGGCAAAUUUUAGGCACACUGCUUCUACAAUUGCUGUCUUUGCUCAUAUUUCUGGUCUCACUGCCUGCAUUCUUAUGCUUGUUUGGUUGCUGCAUUAUCGCGGCGGCCUUGCAUACGAUUCUCCCGAUGCCAACCUUGUCUUUAAUUGUCACCCAUUCUUCAUGCUCCUCGGUUUCGUGUUCAUGUCGGGCGAAGCCAUGAUGGCCUACAGAACAGUGAGGGCAGAAAAGAUAACAAAGAAGAUAGUUCACAUGGGUCUGCAUCUGGUAGCUAUUUGCAUGGGAAUUAUAGGGAUAAAUGCUGCUUUCAAAUUUCAUGAUCAAGUGAACUUGGAGGAUAUGUAUAGUUUACAUUCAUGGAUUGGUAUAGUCACUUUUUGCCUUUACGGUUUACAGUGGCUGUUGGGACUAUUUACAUUCUUGUUUCCCGGAGCAGAUGCAAUGACUAAAACUAGGUUACUGCCAUGGCACAUAAGUGGGGGAAGAGCUCUUUUAAUGAUGAUAAUAUGCACCGCGUUGACUGGCUUGUCCGAGAAGGCUACUUCCUUGAGACUGACUGGCAGCCAUGAAUCCCGUUUGUUUAACUUCACUGCUUUCUUCGUCCUCCUCUUUGGCAUUUCCAUCGACAUCUCCAUUAGUUUUGCACGAUUUAUGCACGUUGAUCACACCAUUUAGUUCUUUUUUUUUCCCCCUCUUUUCCUAAUAUUCAUGACCUAUUUUUUUCCAAUUUCUUGCUUUUUUGAGUGUGACCUUGUAUACGAGUUGUUUUUUAGUCUCAUUGUUGAGAUGUGUGUUGAUUGUUAAGAUUAUGUUUAUUCCAACUCAAUGGACCUCUUGUCCUCUUAUUUUGAAUGAAAUGAAAUUUGUUCUGUUUGAAA